UUCUGUAUGUAUUAGCGACAGCAGACGACACAUAAACAGACUGUUGUUGUCAUGGUGGCACGUGAGGUCACAUGUACCAAUCAAAAAGUAGCAUUUGGAAGCUUGCUUUAAAAGUUCAAUUGUGUUGUUCAUUUAAGAAUUUUCAGAUCAUAAAUUGUGACAAACUUAUCAAUCUUCCAAAACAGGCUAGGUUAAAUAACUUAAACAUGGGAGAUUUAACGGAGUUUCCUACAGAAACGGAGCUCAGAGCGGUGUUUGACGAUUGUGCGAAUGGCGAUGAAUGGCUCACGAUGGACGAGUUUACAAGCUUUUGUUACAGAUUCUACCUGUCUCCUACCACAAAGUAUGUCAACAGCUUGUUUCAGGAUCUGGAUAAAGAUGGAAAUGAAAAAUUAUCAUAUGAAGAGGUGAAGGUCUUAUUGGAGAAACAAUGGUGUCCUAUGGAUGAAAGAAAGGAGGCCUUCAAAACCUGUUUGGCAGCUUGCAGAACAAAAACGGGUCCAAUAGACCGCGAUGAAUUAAGACAAAUAUUAAGCGGAGGAGACGAUGCUGAAGCACUAACUGAUGAGGACAUUGAUUUCAUCUUCAAUAAAAUGGACCUGGACGGUAAUAAGGAGGUCACUGAAGACGAGCUGGUUAAAAUUCUUUUCGGAAUGGAUGAUGGCGCAAGAAGCCGAGCAGUGUCACAAUAUGGUAAGAGACGGAAAGGCAGAUCCCGAAGCCGUUCAAAAGGGAGAAAACGUAGUAAAUCUAGAUCUAAGGAAAGAAAGCGAAGUGGAUCGAGAGGGAGAAAGCAUAGCCGUAGUAGUUCCAGGGGUAGAAAGCACAGUCGAAGCGGAUCAAGACAUAGAAAAAAGAGUAAAAGUAGAAGUCGAAGUAGAUCUGGACAUAGACGAAAAAGUAGAAGUCGAAGUGGAUCUGGACACAGAAGAAGGAGCAGAAGUAGAAGCGGGUCUGGGCAUAGAAGGAAAAGUAGAAGUCGGUCUAGAGAUCGUCAUGACUCCAAUGAAAGGCACAAUGAACAAAAUUUCUUUGAAGAAGUAAAAUCAGGCAUAGAACAUGAACAACAAAAUAUGAAAAAUAGUGAACAAGCUACUGAAUCUGGUACUCAGGAAACUCAACAAGAUAUCGCUCAACAAGAUACUAUCGAACAAAAACAAGAUGGAAGUGAGCAAAAGGACGAAACAAGUGAGCAAAAGGAGGAAACAAGUGAGCAAAAGGACGAAACAAUUGAGCAAAGUAAUGAGCAAAAAUCUGAAAGUAAUGAGCAAAAGGAAAAAGAGGAUGCUCAAGUCACUGAAACAAAUGAACAAAAAGCCGAACCAACUGAAACAAACGAAGAAGUUCAACAGGCUGAAAGUUAAAAUUUGAACCACAUAUAAAGGUUUGGAAAUGACACAAUUACAGAAACACACGAUUUAUAAUAAAUUUAUAAUGUAUGUUAAUAUAAGGAAAACGUCUGAAUGGGUUAACGAACAUAACCUAACAAUAUUUACUACUGAAGGUUCAAUAAUUGUAUAUUCAUUGGACAAAAGUGUUAUACAAAAUAACGUGCUCUAGAAAUGUCAUUUUUUUUAAAUUUGUCUCUUUUGCCUAGUCAAAAAAGAUUCGGGCUUUUACACGAUUCUAUAUAUAGAUUUCAUUGUUAUUUAUAUUUUUAAUUUCAACUACCUAUUGCUUAAAAAAAUUCUGAUUUGAAAGCUGGGAAUUCCUUGCAUCAAUUUAUUUACAUGUAAAUUGGUUUCAUAUUUUUGUUUAAUUAACUCAUUUGCAAUGCUGAAAAAGAAGCACAACAAUACGCAAUAUCACAAUUUUGCACUUGACGAUGAUUUACGGUACUCCAUUUAGGAGGACAGCUUGUAUGAUUUCGACAAAGCUCGUCUUUUUUGUCAAUUCCCGUCGUUUCCAUUACAAUCUGACAAGACAACACCAUUUGUUGUUUCUGGUACCUAAGACACGUAUUGAUAUUUACGGAGAGUGACGAAAUUUGUCGAUUUUACACGAUCUUAUAAUGGAGGCAGUACCUUUAUGAGAGAAACAAUACAUUCACAACGCUGAGGAUGGUUUCAUACACAUGUUAAAUAAAUGUUGAUAUAUCUAGAUUCAAAGUACUAGUAGUGUAUUUCUUUUGCACAUUUUUGUUGUUGUAAAUGUUAUAUUUAAGUCUUUUAUGUAGACUAGUAAUUUCUUAAAUAAAAAUA